AUGGAAGUAUCGGUCGACGCCAAUUCAAAUCUCUCACCCCUUCCUCCUCCUCCGACACCGCAGCAGCAAUCUCAAUCGCCACACCACAUAUCUACUUCUAUUCCUGCUCCUUCCUCCGCCUCGCCCCUAAGUAUUCGCAAACGAUCCGUCCAAGACAUGGAUGAUUCUCGAUCGAGUAAUCCAGACGAGAAAAUGACGCCUUCGAACCCCCACGAUACCGAGAAUCAGGAGAACACGGCCCCUUUGACCACUGCGGGGGAUGUGGAGUCUGCAAAUGCAAUGACGGCGACGGCGGCGACCUCGACAUCGACAUCAACAGUAUCAGUAUUAGUAACAAACACCGAGGAGGCUAAGCAGUCGGACGCGACGGGCGACUUGUCUGGGACGCCAGCGGCUAAGAAGCGGAAGUUGUCGCCGGGGAGUAAAGAGACCAAACAGCAGGAGAAAGAGACCAAGCAACAGGAAAAGGAAGCGAAGGAGCGCCAAAAGCAAGAAGAGAAGGCGAAACGAGAGGAAGAGAAGCGAGUGAAGGAAGAGGAGAAGAAGAAGCGAGAUGCGGAGCGCGAGGAGGAGCGGAAACGAAAGGAAGAGAAGCGGAAGACCAAGGAGGAAGAGAAGGCCGUGAAGGAGGAAGAGAAGCGGAAGAAAGAAGCGGCUAAGGAGGAGGAGAAACGGAAGAAGGAAGAGGAGAAGUUGAAAAAGGAAAGGGCGCAACCAAAGCUUAAUGCUUUCUUUGCGAAACCGAGUCAUACGCACAAUGCUACGUCCAUUCCCGCAGGGUCACCUAAGAAGUCCGCCGGGAAUAGCCAUUCACUCGAUUCCGCCCAGGCCGCCGAAACGGUGGUCAAUGACUACAAACGAGUAUUCCCCGACUUCUUCCUGCAAUCCCAUACGACGGUUGCGCCUCCGCAUAGGUUCGAACGGGACCCCCAGGCGCUCGGAUUGAUGAGAAAUAAGGUUGACGGCUUCUUGAAACUCCCUGCCGAGGGCUCGAAAGAUCCUCUGGCGUUCCGCCCAUCGGAGCUCUUUCAGAUGAUGCCGUACAGGCGACGGUUUGGACGACUGCCCGCGUCGGUACGGGAUAUUCACUCGCAAAUGCAGAAUCGAAACGAAGAGUCUGGUACCUCGGAAUCAGUCGAGAAACCGCGAAGUUUCCUGCGACAAGUCAGGAUGAAGUCGUUGAAAUUUGGCGAAGACGUUCGACCGCCGUACCAGGGAACCUACACCAAGUCUGUGCCCGGGUCCGCCGCACGAAAGUUGAUGAGGAACCCGUACCAUCGGGGUCUGCCCGAGACCAACUAUGACUACGAUUCCGAAGCGGAGUGGGAGGAGCCGGAGGAGGGAGAGGAAUUGGACUCGGAGGAGGAAGAGGAGGGAAGUGAGGACGGAGACGACGACAUGGAGGGAUUCCUCGAUGAUGACGACGAUCACCCCGUAGAUGGCAAGAGACGGCUCAUCGUGGGAGAUCUAGAACCGGUCUGCACGGGAAUCCAGUGGCAGGAACAUGGCGUGGACCCCUCGCUGCAAGUGUACAAGAUGGAGACGAUAUCGGACACUGUGGCUUUCCCGAUUGACCCGUUCUCCACAGCCUACUGGCACAAACCCAAGGCCGCCGAUCCCGCGCCAACAGGUGCAGCGGGACAGUCGACGCUACACACUCUCAAGUGGCAUGUACCCACCAGUGCGCCCACGCAGGAGGGAGCAGCAUUGGCCACCACGACACCGGUCAAGGCCAAGAAGGGACUUCCGGCGGAACAACUGGAGGAGUUCAAGCAGGUGGUCAAUGGCAGCGAUCUCUCGAAGCUGGGGUUGGUAGAAAUUCUGAAAAAACGCUUCCCGAAAGUUUCCAAAGACGCGCUGAAGGACACGUUGACCAGCGUGGCUACUCGGGUGGGACAGAAGGAGGCUGACAAGAAAUGGGUCUGCAAAUAG